AGCAACGAAAGAACCAUUCUUUGCUCAGCUUAAUAUAAUUCACAGCACAUGAACCAAACAGACGGUGCCCGUUGUCCGUUCCGUGAAUGAAUUGAAUUUCACCACGGGAAACGAUUGAAAACGAAGCGAUUGUUCGUCAUGGGGGGGCUUGCUAUUGCCAGUGUCAGAGUCCCACCAUGCAUUGUUGGAUUGGUAUUUGCGCUAUGCUAUUUGCUAGAAAUGAGAGCGGCAUUUGUCCCUCUGGUAUUACGAACAAAUCAAUGGCAAUCACCAGGACACAGAACAACAAAUGGACGGCUCCCAUUCAGAACUAGAAGCGUCGGUGCACACCGGCGAGCGUUUGCCACCGCGAGGCGAUCAGCCACCGCAACCAAAGCCAGUGACAGCAACAACGACGAUGGACCACCAACAACCGAUUCUUCUCCCGAUGACACCAUAAUUCCGGAAAAAAUCCGCUGGAUUUUCGAAGAGGCGGACGGUGAUUUUCUAGACGACGAGGACGACGAUGAUUCCUUUUUCGACGAUCUGUUCCUGACCGACGACGAAGAAUAUGAUGACUACGAUGACACCGGAGGGUUCCUCGUGGACGACAGCGACGAGGACGGUCCCGGUGCCGGCCUCAGCGAAGACGAUCUCAUGGAACUGCACGACGUGUAUGCCGACACCAGUCUCCCACGCGAUCCAGCAGAAGCGCCACCGCCCGCAACCGAACCCAUGGCUAGUGGGUCACCGAUCCCUCCAGGCGCAGAAGAAUCCAUUGCCGCCAGCACCGUUGCAGCCGCCGCGCAAACCAGCGGCAAAACUACGAACGCGGUGUCGAUGGAAAACAUCCUGGCCUCGCUCGAAUCGGAUCUGUCCUACUUUUAUCUCCGCGACGAACUGGGCAUCACGGAAGACACCAUGUGGAAGAUCACCAACGAUGCGCCGUCCGUUCUCGGAUUCAAAGCAAACAAUGUCCGAAACAAGGUAAAGGUCCUGCAGUCCCUGGUUGGUUUAACCGAUGACGAGAUUCGGCAGCUGAUCACCUUGCAACCGACGCUUCUGCAGCUCAGCGCCAAAAAGAACCUCGCCCCUACCAUACUAUACUGGAUCCGUCGGCUGGAGAUCGGAAAGGAAGAGCUUAGAACACUGAUCCUGGGCUGCCCAAACCUGUUGAAAUUUUCAAGGGCCAACAUCCACAGAAAACUCGUAUUUUUCCAAACCACCAUGGGAUAUACCGUUUCCGAAUGCCGCAAGAUCCUGUUGAAGGACCCACGCCUGCUCACGUGCAGCGUCAAGACCGGAUUGAUCCCGCGGCUCAGAUUUCUGCACAAGGAAGUCGAAAUAUCCUUGCCCGACAUUCGAAAGAUUGCCCUAAAAAAUCCAUCCAUACUGCGCAUGAGCGUCGAACAAAACCUGACCCCCAAGUGCAUCUUUUACUUCAUACUAACGCUGCACAUGGAAAACAAGGACGUCGCUAAAAUGCUGCUGAAGUACCCCCGCAUACUGAACUACAACCUCGAGCACCACAUUCUCCCCAUCCACCACUAUUUUCUGAGCCUCGAAUUCUCCACCUACGAGUUUUCCUACAUCCUCCAGCGCUACCCGCGCCUGAUCACCUACAGCCUCAUGCGGAUCAAGCGCCGCAUCGGGUAUCUGAGGUACGAGCUCUCGCUGGAGGCGAAGGCGGUCCGCCGCAUUCUGCACUAUUGUCCCCAGAUCAUUUCGCUCGGCCAAGACAACCUGGAGGAAACCAUCGGGUUCUUGCUCAACGCCGUCGCCCCCGGGGCAACGCUGUCGGCCACAACUACCUCGACGAGCACCAGCGAAAGCGGACGUCGUUCUUUCUCUGGGAGCGAUUCCCCGGCCGACGAACUGGUGGAAACGGACGACCGCGAUGCCCUGGCCAUUGUCCAAAUCUUGGUCACCAGCCUGCCCACUCUUGUGGCCCUGAGCAUCGAGAACAAUCUCUCGCCCAAGGUGGACUACCUACGGGAAAAACUGGGCCAGGAGGAACUCUCCGGCGCCCUCCUGAGGAUGCCCGCACUGCUGGGCUACUCCCUCGAGAAACGGAUCCGGCCGCGGCUGGAGCGGCUCGAGGAGUGCGGGAUCCCCCUCGGGACGAUCACGCAGGCCAUCACCCUCCGGCAGGACCUGUACGAGGAAUGGGUGGAAAAACGGGUCCGGAAGCAGGCGAAGCAGCGGGAGCAACCGGCAAAACAGCGCAAGCCAAGGGGGCUUGCGCGGAAAAAGACGAAAACGGCCGCCGCCACGCGAGCCCGCAAGCGAUCCACCGUUUCCAAACGGAAGCCGGCAGAAGGAGUCCCCCCCGCGGUUUCAGCAGCAGCUGGGAGCGCGAGUGACGUCGACGUCGACGUCGACAACAACAACAACAACAAUGACCAUGACAACGACACAAAGAGCAGGGCUACGGCAAAAGGGGAAAGCACAGACGGCAAGAACACCGCUACAACCGAGGGGGGACGGGUCGUGGAAGAUGGCGGGAAAAUAAUCCACUGGCGCCGUAGGUGACAGCUACAAACGGAGAGGUAUUGUGAACAACCAACCAACAUCGUAUAACAUACCGUAGUACGUAACACUACUAAAACACACCAAUCAGUCGGUUAAAUGCAAUGUCCUUUCAAAGAAAAUUAAAUUCUUUUUCGGUUCGUUUUGCAAUGUUGUCAUAUUGUAAUACUUGUGCUUUUAAUAUAGACUUCCGACACUA